AUGCAGCGCGGUGAGUCCAAGAUCCGGUACGACCCGACGGACCACGCCAAGAAGCAGCUCGCAGCCAAGGAGCGCGCCAAGGAGCUCCGCGAUGCGCGCCAGCGUGGCGUCGUCAACGAGGCCUGCACCUUUGCGCCCAAGGUCAAUCCGCGCCGCGAAGCCGACAACAACCACGAAGAGCCGUCGACGUCGGCGCCGCCGGGGUCACCACCGAUUCGAUCCAAGUUCAAUGCGACGCAGCCGCCGCCAUCACCGCCGAUCAAGUCCAAGUUUCAGGCCACUGCGCAGCGUGAUGCGAGUCCACCGCCUUCGCCGCCCAAGCGCCAAGCCAGCACGCUACGCAAGCCAAACAAUCAGCGCGUUCACGCCAACGACUCGUCCGACUCGCUCGACUCUCUAGCUGGAAACUACUCUCGGCCCACGUCGAAAUCCAAGGCCGCGCCGCUGCCCGAGCCCGAAGAACCUCAGCACGACGCGCUCUCGUAUGAGCUCAAAUCUCGCACGGGCAAAGCGAUACCGCGCGAGUCCAAGCCCAAGGCGGCGGCGGCAGCAGCGCCACCCGCCGAGUGUCUUCGCAACUCGUCGUGCACGUGCCGUCAGUGCGACCCAAGUGCGACGCCGGCGCCAUUGGCGCGCCAGCGGCAAAUGAAGCCGGCGCCCGCCGCCGACACCACUGUGGACCAGAGCUCGCUCAUCUUACUCAAGUCCAAAAUGUCGCGCCGAAAGAGCCGCAGUGCGCCGACGAACGCAGCGUCGAUGUUUGUCGAGGAAGACAAGCCUCGUCAGACCAUGCACUCGGCCCGGGACCCACCGACGAAGCCGCUGCCCGUGCGAGCGCCGCCAGCCCGCGUCGUGCAGGAAGACCCACCCAUGGCAGCAUCCUCCAACGUCUUUUCCGGCGUUCCGGACGGCGAGAGCGAAGUGCAAGACGAUGGCGCCAACCACACGUGCCCCGACUGCCAGCGUCGCUUUAACGCGACCGCGUUUGCCAAGCACCAGAAGCCGGCCGCAAAACCUGCCGCCAAGGCCGCGCCGCCGCCCAAGGCCGCCGCGCCCUCCAAGACCAAGAAGAAGUAG